UAUAUAAUAAAUUGAUGAUCCGACGGCGUUGACCGCUAAACGGGGAAAAUGUCGUGCACUUCUUCUCUGUUCGGCUCUGCACUUCCCAUCCCAUCCCAGAAAACGAACACUCCCACCAAAAUCAAACGAUCCAAACCAUGCAACGUCAGCCCUAGAAUGUCACUCGACCCACCACCACCCUCACCCCUAAACCCAAACCCUAGCCCUAACCUCCUGAAGACCAUUACCAGACUCCUGUGGGGCCAGUCCCUCCCACCCCAACUCCUCAUCUCCACCGUUCGUUUAACAUGGUCCACCGCCUGGCAGCUCAUGAUGUCUCAGCUCGCCCCCUCCGACUCCUCCGGCAGCUACACCAGACCCACCAGUCGAUUUCGGGCCAAUUCCAAUUUCUCCCGCCAAAAACCAGGUAACCUUCACCUCUACGUCGGGUUACCUUGCCCGUGGGCACACCGAACCUUAAUCGUCCGCGCCCUCAAGGGCCUAGAGGACGCCGUGCCCGUCUCGAUUGCGUCACCGGGCAUCGACGGUUCUUGGGUAUUCCUGAAUAGCUCUGUCCCUGACGGGAAUGGACUUGUACCGGGUUCGGAUAAUGCAAAUGGGUGUAAAACCCUAAGAGAGGUUUAUAAGCUUCGGAGGGGAGGCUACGAUGGCCGGUCCACGGUUCCGAUGCUCUGGGAUAUGGAGAGAAAGGAUGCUGCCUGCAAUGAGAGCUAUGAUAUAAUUGAAUUGUUCAAUUCAAGUUUGAAUGAAUUGGCUCAAAAUUCAGAAUUGGACCUUUCACCUCCAUCUUUGAGAAAACAGAUUGAAGAAUGGAAUUCCAUCAUAUACCCUACUGUCAAUAAUGGUGUCUAUAGAUGUGGGUUCGCACAAAGUCAAGAAGCGUAUGAUACUGCUGUCAGUGAGUUGUUUAGUACGUUGGACAAGAUAGAUGAUCAUUUGAGCCGUUCUCGGUAUUUAUGUGGAGAAAUGCUGACCCUCGCGGAUAUAUGCUUGUUUACUACCUUGAUUCGGUUUGAUCUUGUGUAUAAUGUUAUGUUCAAAUGUACAAAGAAGAAGGUGAUUGAAUAUCCCAGUCUUCAUGGGUAUAUGCGAGAUAUUUAUCAGAUUCCGAAGGUUGCAGCAACUUGCAAUUUCGAAGCAACUAUGGAUGGUUACUACAAAUUUCUUUUCCCACUAAAUCCUGGUAACAUUCGGCCGAUCAUGCCUUCAGGUUGUGAGCAUGAGGUCCUCCUCAAACCUCAUAACAGGGAAUCCCUGUCAGUUGUAGAUAAAAGUGUUCAGGUUUAUGUCUAGCAAAACUAACAUUCAAUGCAUGGUUUAGACAUGUAAAUUUCCUUUAUAUAUAUUAUCAAAGUGUAAUACUUGAAUUUUGCUGUAAAAAUUUUGCUGUAAACAUCCUCCCACAAUGAAAAUGAUCGUGGAACUACUUGCUACAUUUCCGAUUAUAAACUAAUUGUUAUUGUUUAUCUCAAAUAAACUGCAGUUAUGCUUGUAUUGAUAGAAA